CAUGUGGUAGCGCUGAUCAUUGCCGACCAUUAUCUCUCCGGGUACUUUUGUAUGUGGAUCACUCACUGAGCCUCUGAGUCUUGUGAGCGCCUGAACUCCACCGCGACUGGAAACAAUGAUCAUGAGCUUGAAGGUUAAUGUUCAUGUCAAUAUAUGCAACCAUAUCUUAUGAGCGAAAAGUAUUGAUAUGAAGGUUUUGGAUUUGACCAGCUCCAGCAUAUACGAAUUACGAUAAGCGCUGUUACACCAAGCUUCCCCGUUAUCCACCUGUGGCUGACAGCUGAAGCUUAUGGCUAGCUGACCUGUGGCCUACCUCUCGAUAUGCCCAACGAACGUCGUACGCGCCGACCACUUCCGGAACGACUACAAUCGACAACGAGCAUAAAGUAUUCAUUGCGUUCACACUCAUCUUCCUUUGAAGCAGAUGACGAGAGAUCGAGCUCCGACGUCGAAAGAACCAUGGGUUCAGAUAUAGGAGGUCAUCGGCGCGCGGGGUCACAGUAUGCUGGAGAAGAUACGAGGUUGACCAGCAAACGCGAGUUGGCAGGAUGGUACGCAUACGGAUUUGCAGCUGAGGUCUUUGUUAUUUGCGGCAUGGGGUCUUUCGUUCCUAUCACACUCGAACAACUGGCAAGAGAGAAUGGCGUCCUGCUGUCCGAUAGAACGACUCCUUGCGUCGCCACUUCCACCCAUCCCAACUCGACUGGGAAUGCAGCCUCGUUAUUUUCCCGUGGGAACCAUGUUCCCGAACCAGACCAAUGCGUCAUAUACUUUCUUGGAAUGGAAAUCAACACUGCUAGCUUUGCGAUGUAUUCGUUUUCUAUGUCGGUUCUGUUUCAGUUCCUCGUUGUUAUCUCCAUAUCAUGCGCCGCGGACCACGGCAAUUAUCGCAAGAGGCUGCUCUUGAUAUUUGCAUGGACAGGGGCUGUUGCCACGAUGCUCUUCCUACCUGUUGUCCCAUCGGUAUACCUGAUAGGUGCUCUACUCGGCAUCAUCGCAAAUACAUGUUUGGGCGCAUCCUUUGUUCUACUGAACUCCUUUCUACCACUACUGGUCAGACAUCACCCGGAAGUACAAGAUGAGGAUUUAAACUCCGACGAGCAAUAUACAGAGGAUGAAGAAUCAAUUGCUGAAGACGAACCACCGCUCAGUCUUACAAAUUCGACAAGCGCCCUCCUAAAUCCGACCCCUCUGGCCGUGCCAGCUACCUCCACCGCUCUUAAGCUCUCAACUCAGAUAUCCAGUCUAGGUAUCGGGAUCAGCUAUUCUGCCGCCCUUUUUGUCCAAAUAUUAUCAGUCUUGAUCCUUUUCGGUCUGGGGUCAUCCACAUUUUCUCUCCGACUCGUCCUCUUCAUUAUCGGGCUUUGGUGGUUCGUAUUCACGAUACCAGCCGCCCUCUGGCUCCGGCCUCGCCCAGGACCACCUCUGCCUACGAACAUGGCUACCUCAGGGUUAACCUAUAUCAAGCACUCAUGGGCGUCGCUAUAUAGAACUAUCCGCCUUACCCCCGCUCUACCAGAUGUCCUCCUCUUCCUCGCAUCGUGGUUCCUCCUAUCUGACGCCAUCGCCACCGUAUCUGGCGUCUCAAUUCUCUUCGCUAAAACCUCGCUCGGCAUGCCCCCUCUCGCGUUGGCAGGGAUCUCCGUGCUCGUCACCAUUGCGGGUCUCAUAGGAGCAUUCACAUGGCCGCACAUCUCCCGCUACCUUAAACUGACUCCAUUGCAUACGAUUCUCGCCUGCAUAUUCCUAUUUUCUCUCAUCCCGCUGUACGGCCUCCUCAACUAUAUCCCAAUCUUCUCCACGCUCACAAGGCCAUGGGAGAUGUACCCUCUCGGGCUCCUCUAUGGCUUUGUCCUCGGCGGACUGUCGUCAUAUUGCCGAAGUCUCUAUGGCGAACUGAUCCCUCCUGGAUACGAAGCUGCGUUUUACGCUCUGUAUGCGAUCACAGACAAGGGAAGCAGCGUGUUUGGACCCGCGAUAGUUGGAAUGAUCGUCGAUCGAACGGGCGGUAUUAGACCGUCGUUUUGGUUUCUGCUCUGUUUAAUCGUCACACCAGGGUUUAUAUUCGUGUGGAUUGACGUGGAUAGAGGGCGGAAAGACGGGCAAAAGAUAGGUGUGUUGAUUAAAGCAGCUGACGGCAUAGAAGGCGCGGAGGAUGAUGACGCUGAAGAGGCCCUCCAUCUGGCCUAUGAUAGCGAGGAAGAUUUUGAGAGUCAUCCUGGUAGGUGAGGAUGUUGAUGAUUUGGUGAUAUAUGUGGUUUCUUGGGGGUUUGUCUGUUGGCGCAUUUGGCGUAUUCAUGUUUGGAUAUUUUCGUUUCAUCCAUAUGUAUUCUGCCGAGCAAUUGUCCAGGCAUUUUGUCAAAUAUUUAUACCCAGCGUAGCUAUACCUAAAUUUAUUUGCAAG